UGCAAUGCAGUAGAAGUGCCACAAAUAUAGCCUUUGUUGGAUCGGAGAGAAGAGGAAUGGGGAGGCCGGCGAAAGACGAAAGCCGAUGCAAGCGGCAUCCGAAGCACCGGCAGUCGGUCGGAGUCUGCCCCUUCUGCCUCCGCGAGAGGCUCUCUCACCUCACCCACCCCUCCUCCUCCUCCUCCGCUGUCUAUCUUUCUUCUUCCUCGGCCUCUUCAUCGCCCUACAGCACUUCCGACUCUGACCUCUCUUCUUAUGCUUCCACUCCCCCGCACCACUGCGACGUGAAGAGACCCAAGGGAUGGCUUCUUCCCGAACCACGUGUCGCAGCGCGAGGAGGUAAGUUGACCAAGAGCCUGUCCCUGGUCUUCGUCGUCCGAAGCCACGAAGAGAACGAGAAAGAGAAGAAGAUAAUGGCGGAUCAUAAAGGGAAAGAGAAGGAGAAGACGAAGAAGAAGAAAUCGAGGUUUUGGUCGAAGCUGCUGAGCGGGUCGAACGGGAGACAGAAGAAAAGAAUGGCUGGUGGCGCCUUGCUGCACUCCCACACCUUCAAGGAGAAGCCUUCUCCCAAGUUGGUCUUGUUCGCCUAGCAGAAGCAUUCGAUUCUUUUGUCUCGUGGUGGUAGUUUGAGUUCAUGUUUCCUGAGAACUGUUCCUUAAUUCAUUGUACAUACACAUAUCAACAAGAGAGAGUGUUUCUUUGGUUACAAACAGAAGAAAGCAAGAGAUACAUACAGGCCAAUCAA